UUGACUGGAUCUGUAUGGGUGAGAAAGGCAUUACUGGCUCUGAGUUUGCUCUUUAGUGUCCUUGUUUCUGUCAGUGAUUCUGCCUGCUAUCAUGCUCUUCCAAAACCAGGGGCAAAAUAUUGUGUUGAUGGAGUGGAUAAUUCCAAGCAUGCAGUGGGAGCCACUUGGACCAAUAGAAGAUGUUACAAAUGUACAUGCUCCACUAAAGGAAUGAAAUGCUGUGACACGAUGUUUUCUGCGCAUGUCCAUACCGAAGGCUGCACUGUGGAGUACGAUUACGACAAAUGUACAUUUGAGGUGUUUCAUACAAAGGACCGCACUAUUAAAUGUCAGUAUGGUGUUGUUGGGAAGUAAUUUCCACUGAGUAAAAAAAAUAUUAGUUGUAGGCCUACUUAAAUCAAACAAUCAUUAUGUACCCAGUACUCAACUCAACACAACUUUAUUUAUAUAGCGCUUUUACAAUUUUCAUUGUUACAAAGCAGCUGUACAUGAGACAUAUUGACUAUAAGCAAAAUAAUUAAAGUUGUACCUGCAAAAACAAGAAAAGGUUGAAAACACAGAAGACAGACAUACCCACAUACAAAACACUCCACACACACAAUAUGCACACGUACUAACACACAUAGACAUAGAGACACACACACACACACGGAUGCGCACGCACACACACACACACACACACACACACACACACGUACGUACGUACACAGACAACUACGCACACACACACACACACACACACACACACACGCUCAGUGAGAGCACACAUUUAGGAUAAAGGAGAGAGAAGCACAGGUCAAAUAUAACAGACUAUAAAUUCCUAUAUGCAAUAUUAAUUAAGUAAAACUUUAAAAUUCUAAAGCAGCCCCCCCGGUCAGGCAGAUAGUGCAAAAACAGUAUGCAAACGGUGGCGAGGAACCCAAAACUCUAAUCGAGAAAAAAAACCUCAGGAGAACCCAGGCCCAACCAGGGGAUUCCAGUUCCCCUCUGGCAAAAGCUGCUGCCUCUGCACAAGCUCCAGAGAGCUUGCACAACAAGGCUAAAUAAAAUAAAUAAACUUAAUAAUAAAAUAAAUUAUAGUUUAAGAUUAUCAUUAAUAAUCUAAUAGCAUUUGAAAUUUUGUGGUGAAGACAUGUCAAGAGACCGCUUCCUUCUUUAUCCAGCUCUAUCAUCUCAGCUCUUGUCAGGUCCCCACUUCCCAUUCUCCGCUCUACCAUCAGGUCAGGCCAUGAACUGCAUCCUGCUCGCUGUGGUAACCUUGGAACAAUGAGACAAGACUGGCUGAGAGUAGAGUACUGUUCUGUACUCUUUGAUGCAACAAGUACAUCAGUUGUGUUUUUGGUUCCGGUUGAUCUAACUAAUGCAGCCUAAACCCUCAGAAGAUUUAUAUUAUGGAAGAGUAGUGUAUGCAAGAUUAAAAAGAUGCGUCUUUAGUCUAGAUUUAAACUGACAGAGUGUGUCUGCCUCCCGGACAGUGCAGGGAAGACUAUUCCAAAGUUUAGGCACUAGAUAGGAGAAGGAUCUACCACCUGCACUUGAUUUUGAAAUUCUAGGUAUUACCAACUGACAGGACGCCUGAGAGCGUAAUGCACGUGAAGGACUGUAAUACAAAAGGAGUUCAUUCAAGUACUGAGGAGCUAAACCAUGUAAGGCUUUAUAGGUAAUAAGCAAGAUUUUAAAGUUAACGCGAUGCUUUAUAGGUAACCAGUGCAAGGUUGACAGAACCGGGCUAAUAUGUUCAUACUUUUUUGUACGUGUAAGAACUCGAGCUGCCGCGUUUUGGACCAAUUGGAGUUUUUGUAAUAAGCCUGCAGGGCAACCACCUAACAGUGCAAAUGCACGCAAAUCCACGCAAAUGCAUAGGGCCCGGCAAGCUUGGGGCCCCCCUAUUGGCCACAAGCGGUUAAAUCAUUUAAUGAUUGCUUUUGACACUUUUUUAUAAGUGGAAUGUGAGUUCACCAUAGUCUAGAAAGCAAGCACUGAAAUCUUGAGGGUUCUUUAAUCAAAUUCAUUGCUGCAACAUUUACUUGAUUUGUGUUCAUGAAUUAUUAUUGAUAACUCAAAUCAUAUUUCAUUUUAAAUGAUCAAAAUUUGCCCCACAUUUUUUCAGGUAGUGGUGCCACCCCUGGUACAGAUACACAGUCAUACGCAUAUAAAAUUUUUAAAAACCAAAACAAAGAAUGUUUAUUCUUAAACCAAACUGUUAUGCGGGGUUCAAAGUAAAAUAAAUCCAGGUUAUAUACUGUAUGUCUCACUAAUUACAUGUACUCAAUAUUACGGUUGUGCAAUUCAAAGAAAAAAAUGUUAGUAUGCAUGUGUGGGGGGCCCCGGGUCUUGACUAUGCUUAGGGCCCCCAAAAUGGUAAACACGCCCCUGUAAUGAAAAUUGAAAAAAGCGCUAUACAAAUAAAGUUGAGUUGAGUAUGUACUGGACUAUGUGCCUCAUGCACUUGUUCAGCAUUCCAUACUUUUCCAAUUGUAAUAUUGAUUGUCAGACUAGGCUGUGCAGUUACUUUACAUUGUAGUGUGAACUAUGCAUUGUAAAAAAAAAACGCACCAACACCGCCCUCACGGCAUCACACACAUUUACUAUUGUCUGGUUUCCAUAGUUUUCUUCUUUACGUUACUAAUGUUGUGGAUCAUCAAAGCACCCUGUCCCUACCCUUCUAUUCAUAUUGAUGACUAUGAACAGAUACUUGUAUAGUGUAUAUGGUUGCUAUGUGUAUAUAUACACAAAAUUGUGCUCAUCAUAAAUAUAUAUAUUUUUUGCUAAGAAUCGGAAUCGAUAAGCAGAAUCAGAAUUGCUCAAAUUAAAAUGCCAACCCAACUAAAAGGUAUCAGGAAGGCUAUUUAGGGAUCAAAUAUAUCAAAUAUGUUGUUAUUUACCAUAUGAAAAUACUUACUCAAGUUCAAACAUGGUAAAGGAACCGUCAAUAUGCAGAAAACCAAUAGCCUACAGAAUGUCAAAUUAAGGCACAUAUUGAGUUCACUAAAAUGGUGCUGAGCUGUCAUGUCAUUCCUGGUCAGGGCAGUCGUUAAAACGUGGUGACAUUUGUAGGGGCACCAGUGCACCACAAAAUCCAAGGUUCAAGUCCAUUUACUUCUGCGCCAUAGAAAUAGAUUUCAUGUGUAUUUCACAUAAAUUACCACAGGAGGGCGCCGUGCAGUUGCGUUCCUAGUCUAGACUUAAUAAUUAUUAAAUACACAACAUGUUUGAUUCAGUGAUGAAAUCAAUGGAAAGAAUAAAUCAAAUGAUUAAAAGUGAAUAGUGACCCAUGCUGAAAUUUUCUUUGACUGUACUUCGCAUAAAUCUCCACAAGAACAUACAGUGUGUUUUUACACACAACAUAUUCAGAAGUGGAUAGAACCAAAAAGGACAGAAAGCUGCGUGGACAUAAAGUUAACUGAGAGCAUCUCCAGGGAUCUCUUUUCAAACAACAAAUGCUACAGACUGGAAAAGUGCAGAGAAAAUA